AACCACAUUCAUUCACAUUACAACUUCUUCUUCGUUCCUCUCUCUCACUUUUCUCUCACCCACCCGUUCUAGAGAGAGAAACACAACACACACAGAGCUUCUAGAGAGAGAAACAGAAGCGCGUAAUUUCACUUCAACUUCGCUUCCCUCGUCAACCGGAUUGUGUUUUUGCAUCCCUUGCUAUGGCUGCUACAGCAACUGCCGCAGUGGGUCCACGGUAUGCCCCAGCAGAUCCUACACUUCCCAAACCAUGGAAGGGUCUUGUGGAUGGGAAGACUGGCUAUCUUUACUUUUGGAAUCCUGAGACUAAUGUCACUCAGUAUGAAAGGCCUUCAAGCUCAGCUGCUCCACUGAAAACUUCUUCAGUGCCUAGCUCUUCUGUCCAGGUUCAGCAAUCAUCUCAAGGGCGUGGCCGGAGUCCUGAUUUCAGUGAUCGGUAUGAUAGGAAUGGAAAUGGUGGGUCAAAUGAAGGUGGAUCCCGGAACCAUCAGAGUUCCAAAGGUGAUAGUUUUAGCUCUCAUAAUAAUGUUGCAAAUGGAACACCUGCUGCUGGAAAUGGUAGUUCUAUCAAAAGUCAAGUACCAUUGGAGACCGGACCUGCAUUAUCUCCAGAUGCUUAUAGACGGCGUCAUGAGAUCACUGUUACUGGAGAUAAUGUGCCUCCCCCUGUUACAUCAUUUGCGUCUUCUGGUUUUCCAUCGGAGAUUCUUAGAGAGGUACAAAAUGCUGGGUUCUCAGCCCCAACGCCAAUUCAGGCACAAUCGUGGCCCAUUGCACUUCAAAGUAAAGAUAUAGUUGCCAUUGCUAAAACAGGUUCAGGGAAAACCUUGGGGUAUUUACUUCCAGCCUUUAUUCACCUCAAGCGUACUAAUAAUAAUGCCAAAAUGGGCCCCACUGUGUUGGUACUUUCACCAACAAGGGAAUUGGCAACACAAAUUCAAGAUGAAGCUGUGAAGUUUAGUAAAACAUCAAGAAUUGCCUGCACUUGUUUGUAUGGAGGAGCACCAAAGGGUCCUCAAUUGAAAGAUAUUGACCGGGGAGCAGAUAUUGUGGUAGCCACUCCUGGUCGCUUGAAUGAUAUUCUUGAGAUGAGGAGAAUCAGUCUUCAUCAGGUCUCUUAUCUAGUGCUAGACGAGGCAGACAGGAUGCUGGACAUGGGUUUUGAACCUCAAAUUAGGAAGAUUGUGAAUGGGGUGCCUGCUCGCAGGCAAACUCUCAUGUUUACUGCAACAUGGCCUAAGGAGGUUAGGAGAAUUGCAGCUGAUCUGCUGGUUAAUCCUGUCCAGGUGAACAUUGGCAAUGUAGACGAGCUUGUUGCUAACAAGUCUAUUACUCAGCAUAUUGAAGUUUUGACAUAUGUGGAGAAACAGCGACGACUGGAAACUAUUUUGCGGUCACAGGAUCAAGGGUCAAAGAUAAUUAUUUUCUGUUCUACCAAGAAAAUGUGUGAUCAACUUGCUCGUAAUCUUACUCGCCAGUUUGGAGCUGCUGCUAUUCACGGGGAUAAAUCCCAGGCUGAUAGGGAUCAUGUGUUGAAUCAGUUUCGAAGCGGAAGGACUCCUGUGCUUGUAGCCACAGAUGUUGCAGCUCGUGGACUGGACGUCAAAGACAUUAGAGUGGUUGUCAACUUCGACUUCCCUACAGGAGUUGAAGAUUAUGUUCAUAGGAUUGGUAGGACUGGGAGGGCUGGAGCUACUGGUAUAGCUUACACUUUCUUUGGGGACCAGGAUGCUAAACAUGCUUCUGAUCUCAUCAAAAUCUUAGAGGGUGCAAACCAGCGAGUUCCUCCAGAACUUCGUGAGUUGUCAUCCAGGGGUGGUGGUGGCUUUAGCAGAUCCAAAUAUCGUACUGGUGGUCGUGGUGACUCUGGAUUCGGUGCUAAGAGUUAUGACUCUGGGUAUGGUGGAAAGGGUAAUGAUGGAGGAUAUGGCGGAAGAGUUGGUGAUUCAAGUUAUGGAGGAAGGGGUGGAUAUGGGUCUUCUGCUGCUUUUGGCCGAGGUGGAGGCCGUGGAUUUGACAAUGACUCACAGAGGAAUGAUCGUGAUCAAAGCCCUGACAGAGGAUCUAGCUGGAGUGAUCGCUUUAAAACUGUCAAUCGUGAACGCAGUCGUAGUCCUGUCAAGGGUGCACCAUCUCAAAAUGCCCCGGUCAGCUUUCACCAAGCAAUGAUGCAACGCAGUGGAGGUGGUAGUGAUCGCAACAAGAGCUUUAGCCGGGAGAGAAGCCGCAGUCGGAGUCCUCAGAAAGGAUGGGGAGGAUCUUCAGGUGAUGGAAGAAACGGUGGCUCUCAUUCUUACAAUGGAGAAUUGGAGGAAGGGAUGAUUCCUGAUGAAGAUUGAAUGAUAAAUUAGAGUUUUGGCAAUUCCUAAUUUGAUCAUGGUAAGGUAAUUUUGGUCCACUUUCAGUACUUGAGGACAUUGCUACAUGGACACUUGCAAGUUAGUAUCUGGUAGUGGAAUUAAUGACAAAUGUAUAUUUUGAGGCUGAGUAAAAGCCUGAUAAUGAUGAAAUAGGUGAAGAACCUCGUAACAAAUAUGUUAAUGGUUUAAUGUUAUUUUGGUAUAAGUUUAGUUUAUUAUAUUCAGGUUUAUUAUUCUACACAGCCAGACUAGAAAUUAUUUAAGCCGUUCUGAAAUGUUGCAUCCAUCAUUUACUGAUUGAGCUGCAGCAUAGAUUUUUGUCGAAAAAAGCAGCGAACAAAUGACGUUCUUAUUAUUUUUGAUUGACAACAUACAUAUGUUGUCUGUGUUUGUAAUAUUAUGAACUGGUGUCGAACAUAUUUACUACAGAAAUCCAUCAU